UGUGCUUUUGGCGGCGGUAUUCCGAUUUCAGUAUCUGUGAUUAUCUUAGUUCUAGCCAUGGCAAUGACCAAGAGGACUGUCAUUGUUGGAGCAGGCAUAGCAGGCUUAGGAGCUGCACAGAGACUUCUGAAAGCUGGAGUAUCUGACAUAAUCAUUCUUGAGGCCGGAGACAGGAUUGGGGGGAGAAUUUGCAGCUUUCCUUACGGAAACGGCUUCAUUGACUAUGGUGCACAGUGGAUACACGGUGAAGAUGGCAAUCCUGUGUACACCAUAGCAAAAAAACACGGCCUUCUAAGGCAGCCAGACUGCCAGGAUACCAUUCUACCUGAAAUGUCACGCCACCUUUGGCGUGAGGAGGAAAAUGACAUUUUACUGACAGCCCAGGGUGAACAAAUGCCUGAGGAGGUGGUCCAUGGUGCACUACAAAUUCUGGAUGAUAUCAUGAGGAAUAUGAAAAAUCUAACCACGGAUAACCACGACUUUACCUCUGUUGGCGACUAUACUCACAGACACUUUGUGGCAAAAAUAGACGAGCUAGAUUGGAGUGAGAUAGACAAGGCAAGGUACUUGGCCGUGUACCGCUCGCUACGCCUAGUGGAGAUGAUAGAUGCUGGCGAGAGCCAAAAUAUGAUGGACAUAGCUGGCUGGAACCAGUACCACACGUGCCCUGGCGAUAUAUAUGUAGAGCUGGCCAACGGCUUUAGCUCAAUAUUACAAGUGAUCUUGAAUGAUAUACCUGAUGGGACCAUUAAGCUCGGCACACCUGUAGUUAAAGUACAGUUAACAGAUGGCAGCACUGAACCUGUUACCGUGACAACAGCCAAUGGGGCACAGUUUCAAGCUGCACAUGUCAUUAUCACAAGCUCGCUAGGCUCUCUCAAGGCUGCGUCAUCUACCAUGUUUGAACCACCUCUACCACCAGGGAAGCUGAGAGCAAUACACAGGUUAGGGUUCAGCACAAUGAACAAAAUCCACUUGCAGUUUCAAGAGCCUUUCUGGGAAAAGAAUGUCAAUGGACUACAGUUUAUUCCAGAGGAAGGGGCAGAGACAGACCUUCAGGAUGAGAACCAAUCCAUGUCUGAGAUAUGGCACAAAGCCAUUACUGGAUUUGACGUUCAUCCAGCAAAAACAGGCUUACUAGUUGGCUUUUUAGCUGGAAAAGCUGCCGAAUACAUGGAAACUCUAGAUGAUGCUGUGGUAGUCAAUGCAUGCAUGGCCAAGAUCAGACAGUAUCUAAAGAACGACACAUUACCAGAGCCAACAAAAAUUAUAUGCUCAACCUGGCACAGUGCCCCAUAUAUGAUGGGCUCCUAUUCAAACAUUCCUGUAAGUGCAUCCAUUGACGACCCCAGCACACUCGCAGAACCCGUUCCUAGUGAGGAGGAACCCAGACUGAUGUUUGCUGGGGAGGCCACUCAUGCCACCUUCUACUCUACUUCCCACGGUGCCUUGCUGUCGGGACAGAGAGAGGCUGACCGAAUCAUAGCAUUCCUGUCUCACCAAUAAAUUCGAAAAAGCUUGUUAUAAAAUUGAUGAUAUAUUUUGCUUUACAAAAAAUGAUUAUACUAACAUGCUUGUGUUUGACAACGAGGCAUUUAGAAAAUGACAUAUAAUAUAGUGGGUCAUACGUGUUUUAUAGGGAGUAAAUCCAGGGAAAAUUUAAAAAGCAAUUUCUUGAAAGCUAUUCUGUGUUUAUAAACAAGUUAAUAAACUAUUCAACGUUCUAUCAACCUUU